AUGCGCACAAGAGCCCCGCGAAAAUUAAUUCUAUUCCUCAUCGUCAACAACUCCAAACCCCGAACCAACAACCAGCCAGCAUUUGUCAAUAUGCCGAAGAAACGAUCCGCCAACGGUCGCAACAAGAACGGUCGCGGCCACGUUAAGCCCAUCCGCUGCAGCAACUGCUCUCGAUGCACUCCUAAGGUGGUCGAGAGUGCCGCAAUCAGAGAUAUCUCGGACGCAUCUGUAUUCCCAGAAUACACCGUUCCCAAGAUGUACCUCAAGUUGCAGUACUGUGUCUCUUGCGCUAUCCAUGGCAAGAUCGUCCGUGUCCGCUCCCGUGAAGGCCGCCGCAACCGCGCUCCUCCCCCACGUGUCCGCUACAACAAGGACGGAAAGAAGGUCAACCCCAACCAGGCUGCUGCCAAAACUACUCAAGCAUAA